AUGGCUACAACGCACGUGUUACUGCUGGUCACCCUGGUGCUAGGCUUGGCCAGAUCAAGCCCUGUCCCCACCUCCAAGUCCACCACAAAUGGGAGGAGCUGCAACAUGAGCAGGUUCAAAUCUCUGUCACCUAGAGAGCUGGAGGCCUUUAAGAAAGCCAAGGAUGCCUUGGAAAAGUCACUCUCACUGAAGAAAUAUAGCUGCAAAUUCCGCCUCUUUCCAAGGGACUGGCACCCAAGGCACCUGCAGAUGUGGGAGCGUCUCAUGGCCUUGGAGGCUGAACUGGCCCUGACCCUGAGGGUCCUGGGUUCCGUGGCUGACUCGGCCUUGGGGGAUGUCCUGGACCAGCCCCUGCAUGUGCUACGCCACAUCCACUCCCUGCUCCAGGCCUGCGUGAGUGUCGGUCACUCAGCCCAGCCCCAGGGCCACCUCCCUAGCUGGCUGCUCCAGCUUCAGGAGGUUGAGAAGAAGAAGUCCCCUGGCUGCCUCAAGGCCGCUGCCACCUUCAACCUCUUCCGCCUCCUCAACCAGAACCUGAAAUGUGUUGCCAGUGAGGAUCUGUGUGUCUAAGAACCUGGUCCUACCCACAGUUCACCUGGGAGCCUCAACCUUAUUUAUGCAC